AUGGCAGCCCAGGUGGCAGCCCGGGAGGCGGGAGGCUUCCGGGAAGUCUCGACCCUUCGCCUAACCCCGGGCGCCGGCCCGGAGGCGGCGGGCCUGGUGGAGUAUGAAGAGGAGGACGAAGACGAGGAGGUGGCGGCGGCCAGGAAAGCGCGGAGUUUCGCCCAGGACGCGCGGGUGCGCUUCGUCGGCGGCCGUCUGGAGCAGAUGCUGGGGCUCCCGGAGGAGAAAUGGAGCCAGCAUUUGGAGAGCGAGGACAAGCGGCAGGUCCUGGGGGAGUUUCUGGAGAGCCCCAGCCCCGCCUGCCUUGUGUUCGGCGUCGACGCCGUGAAGCGGCUCGCGGCCUCCCAACAGAUUCCAAGAGAUGCAAAACAUAAACUUGUUUAUAUUGCCAAGAAGAGUACUGAAAACAUUGGAGUAAAUGAUUUCUCUCAAACAGUUUUAUUUGGAGAGUUACCUGCCUCAUCUCUUGGACAUGUAACUGCUUUCCUAGACGAGAUUUUAGUGCCAAUUAUUUCUAAUAAGAACAACCAUAAAUCCUGGUCCUGUUUUAUUUCACAAGACAUGGAACGUCACAUAGAAGUCAUGAAAAAUAAAAUGCAUAGUUUUAGGGGCAAAAUGUUGAGAAGAACUCUUCUACCAAUUCCCACUAUUGCAGGAAAUGUUGACCUGGAUCAGAAAUAUUCAGAGACCAAACUAGAGCCAAAUGAAAGGACAGUACUCCAUGCAAUUGAAUCAGUGGUUAUUAAAUGGUCGCAUCAAAUCCAAGAAAUUGUAGAGAAAGAUUUAGUGCGGCCUUUGCUGAAUGGUCUUCACUCAAAUCCUCAAACCGAACUGGAUUUCUGGAUGAUGAGGAGAGAGAACCUAGCAUUCAUUUAUGAUCAACUUCAGGCUCCCAUUGUCCUCAAGAUGGUUAAGAUCCUGAAAAAUAAGCAAAGCAGCUAUUUUCCAACUUUGAAGGGUAUCCUCAUGGCUGUGGAAAAUGCUCUUCUCGAAGCCCAAGACGUGGAACUUUACCUGAGACCCCUGAGGAGACACCUUCAAUGUGUCCAGGAGACGGAAUUCCCACAGACCGGUGUAUUAAUUGCCCCGUUAUUUCAUACCAUCUGUCUGAUCUGGAGUCAUUCCACGUUUUAUAAUACCCCUGUUCGGAUUAUAGUUCUAUUGCAAGAGUUUUGUAAUCUCUUCAUUGACCGGGCGCUAGCUUACCUUUUGCCUGAAGACCUUUUGAGAGGAGAAAUUGAAGACUCUCUGGAAAAGGUGCAGGUGGCCGUUAACAUCUUAAAGACUUUCAAAAAUUGUUUUUUUAACUAUAGAAAAGGAUUGGCAAGCUAUUUUAUGGGAAAUAAGGAGCUGAAACCAUGGGAUUUCCAGUCUCAUCUGGUGUUUCUUAGAUUUGACAAAUUUCUCGACCGUUUCAUGAAAAUAGAGGAUAUAUUUGUCACCAUACUGGAAUUUGAAAAGCUGGAAAGACUUGAAUUUGGCGGUACCAAAGGAGCAAUUUUAAAUGGACAAAUCCACGAGAUGAGUGAAGAAUUUAUGGAACUCUGUAAGAUUUUUAAACAGAGCACAUAUGACCCAUCUGAUUACAAUAACAUGGAAUUUGAAAGUGAUUAUGUUGUGUUUAAGUCCAAAACUUUGGAUUUUGACAGAAGACUCGGGACAAUUCUUUGUGAAGCUUUCUUUAACUGCAAUCGUCUGGAAGCUGCAUUUAAGCUUUUGACUGUAUUUGGGAAUUUCCUUGAGAAACCAGUUGUCAUGGAAAUUUUCAGCCCACGUUACAGCACACUUGUGCACAUGUUCAGUGCAGAGUUGGAUAUGUGUAAGCAAUUGUAUAAUGAACAUGUGCAGCAGAUUGAACAAGGAAAUGUAGUCAUUAACAAGAAUAUGCCAUUUACCUCAGGAAAUAUCAAAUGGGCUAAAGAGGUCAUGGACCAACUUCAAAUGUUUUGGUCAAACUUUGCAUCUCUCCGUGAUCUAUUCUUGGAAAGUCCUGAUGAUGCCUUGGUUUAUCAGAAGUAUACUGAGAUGACAGCUUUGCUAGACCAGUUUGAAAAUCGUAUCUAUAAUGAAUGGAAAAGUAAUGUGGAUGAAAUCUGUGAAUUCAAUUUGAAUCAACCCUUGGUUAAAUUCAGUGCCGUAAGUGGUCUUCUCAAUGUCAACUUUGACCCAAAGCUAGUGGCCGUAUUAAGAGAAGUUAAAUACCUUUUGAUGUUGAAGAAAUCAGACAUACCGGAUUCAGCCUUAGCCAUCUUCAAAAAAAGAAACACUCUUUUAAAGUCCAUUGGAAAUCUUGAACUUCUUGUGCAAGGAUAUAAUAAGCUGAAACAGACUCUUCUGGAAGUUGAAUACCCCCUGGCUGAGGAAGAGCUGAGGGCUGUGGAUGAGGAACUGCAGGCAGCCGCCGCAUCGCUGACAUGGCAGGAUGACUGCUGGGGGGACAUCGAGAGGAUGAAGAUGGCCACCUCAGAGUUGGAGCGCAGAGUGGAGCAUGCGCAGAACAACGUCAAAGUGAUUCAGCAGACGAUGCGGGCUUGGGUGCAGUGCACGCUCCUUCCCUGGAGAGAACACAGGCGGGAGACCGCCUUGACUUGGGAGGACAAGGGUGAUUUGUUUACGAAAAAAUACACGCUACUCCAGGAAGAUGGCUGCAAGAUACACAACUUGGUUGAGGAAAAUAGGAAGCUGUUCAGAGCCACUCCUUCUCUGGAUGCUUGGAAGAUUUAUGUAGAAUUCAUUGAUGACAUCGUGGUGGAAGGCUUUUUUCAAGCAAUAAUGCAUGACUUAGAGUUCUUCCUGAUGAACACAGAGAAACAACUGAAAUCUGCACCGUUUUUUCAAGCACAGAUGAUCUUAAUGCCUCCGAAGAUUCUGUUUAAACCUUCUUUAGAAAGAGAGGCUGGGGAUGGCUUCUAUGAUCUGGUGGAAGAAAUGCUGUGCAGUAGUUUCAGAAUGUCUGCCCAGAUGAAGCGAGUAGCAGCACAUCUGGAAACAGCAAAUUACCAGAAUGAUAUGGACAAUAUGCUGGGCCUGGUGGAGGUCAGGCAGGAGAUCAUGAAGAGAGUGGCAGACGUCAUCAACAAAGUCUUGGACUUCAGAAACACCCUGGACACAUACGCUUACCUCUGGGUGGAUGACCGGACCGAGUUUAUGAAGCGCUUCCUCCUGUAUGGCCAUACUGUGUCAUCUGAGGAGACAGGGCCUCACGCAAAUGAAGACAUUCCCGGACAACCACCAACACUCGAAAAAUUCAAAGAACAGAUUGACAUUUAUGAGGCUUUGUAUGUUCAGAUGAGCAAGUUUGAUGACUUCAGAGUGUUUGACGGUUGGUUCAAGGUGGACAUGAAGCCUUUCAAAGUGAGCUUGCUAAACAUUAUCAGGAAAUGGAGCUGGAUGUUUCAGGAGCAUCUUUUGAGAUUUGUCAUUGACAGUCUGAAUGAGCUACAAGAGUUUAUAAAGGAGACAGAUGCUGGACUUCAGAGAGAAUUAAGUGAAGGCGAUCACGAUGGUUUAGUUGACAUUAUGGGGCAUCUUCUGGCUGUAAGAAGCCGACAGAGAGCUACUGAUGAACUCUUUGAACCACUAAAAGAAACCAUCACACUACUGGAAACAUAUGGCCAGAAGAUGCCUGAGCAGAUCUAUGCUCAGCUAGAGGAAUUACCUGAAAGAUGGAAAACUACCAAAAAGAUUGCAGCAACUGUCAGACAUGAAAUCUCACCUCUCCAAAAUGCGGAAGUCACUCUUAUAAGGAAAAAAUGUAUUUUGUUUGAUGAGAAGCAGGCAGAGUUCAGAGAGCGAUUCAGACUCUAUGCUCCUCUUCAUUUUAAUGCAGAAAAUCCAUAUGGAGUACUUGAUAAGGCAAAUCAAGAGCUUGAGGCGUUAGAAGAAGAAAUGUUGCAGAUGCAAGAAUCUACUCAUCUUUUUGAAGUGGCUCUUCCAGAGUACAAACAAAUGAAGCAGUGUCGCAGAGAGAUAACAUUGCUCAAGGGGCUCUGGGAUGUCAUUAUUUAUGUUAAGAGAAGCAUUGAUAAUUGGACUAAAACCCAGUGGAGACAGGUUAACGUGGAACAGAUGGAUGUGGAACUCAGAAGGUUUGCCAAGGAAAUUUGGUCUCUCGAUAAGGAAGUCCACGUGUGGGACGCUUACUCAGGCCUGGAAGGCACAGUGAAGGACACGAUGACCUCCCUGAGGGCCAUUGCGGAGUUACAGAGCCCUGCCCUCAGAGACAGGCAUUGGCACCAGCUGAUGAAGGCCACUGGGGUCAAGUUUUCUAUAAAUGAAGCCACAACUUUGGCAGAUUUGUUAGCCUUGCGGUUACACCAAAUGGAAGAGGAUGUCCGAAGCAUCGUGGACAAAGCAGUGAAAGACCUGGGGACUGAGAAGGUUGUUUCUGAAAUCAGCCAGACAUGGGCAACCAUUGAGUUCUCUUACGAAGUUCACUCUCGGACAGGCGUUCUAUUACUGAAGUUUGAUGAACAAUUGUUUGAAACUCUAGAGCACAACCAAGUUCAGUUACAGACCCUGCUUCAAAGCAGGUAUGUGGAAUAUUUCAUUGAGCAAGUCAUAAGCUGGCAAAACAAAUUAAACACAGCAGAUUCGGUCAUCUUUACUUGGAUGGAAGUACAGCGCACUUGGUCUCACCUAGAAAGCAUCUUUGCUUAUUCAGAAGAUAUUCGAAUUCACCUUGUGAAAGAUGCUCAAAGAUUCGGCAGAGUAGAUGCUGAAUUUAAGGAGUUAAUGUUCAGGACAGCUAAAAUAAAAAAUGUUUUAGAAGCAACAUGCAGACCUAACCUCUUUGAAGAACUUAAAGAUUUACAGUACAGGCUUUCUCUUUGUGAAAAAGCUCUUGCUGAGUACCUGGAAACCAAGUGUGUGGCUUUUCCGCGUUUCUGUUUCAUCUCUUCCACAGACUUACUUGACAUUCUCUCAAAGGGAGCUCAACCUAUGGAG